AUGAAGAAAGGUUUUUAUUUUCUUCGAAAAAUUGAUACUUUUGGAAUUAAAUUUACUCCUGCUAUAAACAACAAAAUGAAUUUUAGUUAUAAAACUAUUUUGGGAGGAAUAUUCUCUUUGAUCAUUUAUUCACUUAGUGCAGCAUAUUUUGUUUAUGAAAUGUACAGAUGGAUGAAUAUGGAUAUGGUUCCAAUUGUUACAACUGAAAUUCAUAGUUUUAAUAAUGAUAUCGAAAAUCUCUUGGAUGAAUCUAAUGCAUAGAUCGAAUUUGAAAUCUUCAAUACAGCAAAUGGAAAUGAAUCAAUUAAUCCAUUUAAUUAAACACAACUCGUCUUGACUCCUAUAUUAAAGAAUUAUUCGAAUGGAAAAGAAUAGGCUGUAGGAUAUAAUUUUUCUUAAUAUGUGUCUGAAAAUAUAUUUUCUCCAUAAUUUAGACUUAAUUCGAAAAGUGAAUAUUAAAUUUCUUUUGCAAGAUGUAAUCAAGAAAUGCUACUUGAAGGUUAAAUUUGCGCAGGCUAAGAUAUUAUGAAUAACUUUUUUAAUUAAAGGGGAAACGAAUUGUAAAUUAACGUAAUACUGAAAAUAGUUGAUCCAAGGACAUUCACUGAAAAGUAAAUUAAAAAAACAUAUGGUAUUAUUUUAGAGGAAAUAGAAUGCUAAAUCACUAAAAUAAGCAUGGAAUAUACACAUUAUUAAAUAUUCAAAGAUUUUAUCUUUCCCACCCCAAUUAAUAAAAUUUUUGUGAGUGAAACAGUAGAAUAAACAACAUAUGGAACAAAGGAUUAUUGUUCAAAAAGAUUUGUAGAAGAAAGUUAUGCUUUGUUAUGGAUAACAACAUCUUAGGUUGCAUAUGUUUAAAGAAUGCAAUAUCCUGAAAUUGGAGAUAUAUUAGCUAAUAUUGGAUCUAUUAUAGAGGUUUUAUUCUUAAUUGAGUUCAUCAUACAUAAAUUCAAUGAAAGUUGUCUUAUAAAUUUUAUGCAAGAGUAAAUUCUUUCAUUUUAUUAUCCAGAAUUACAGUAGAUUUAAUUGAAAAAAAAUUGGUUUGGUAAUAUUAAGAGUUGCUCUUUACGCUCUCAAGUUAUAGAUCCUAAAAGUUUUAUUAAAUUCAAAAACAAGAUUACCAGUUCAUUGAAUUGUAAAUUUUGUUAUUUAAAUUUAAUUUAUGAAAUUUCAAGAAUGCAAUUUAUUUUGCAAUCAAUAAUGAUAAAAGAAGACUUUUAUCAAUCACAUUAGAUCGGCAUAAAAUUAAAUCUGAAAAAGGAUUAUGAAAAUGAUGCAUUGUUUCAUUUAUAGGCUGAUGAUGAAGAGGAAUUCUUAGAUUCAACAAAAAUAUAGAACAAUAAAAAAUUAACUUAUAAAGACUCCUUAUUAUUAUCUAUUAACAGCCGAAAAAUAUAUAUGGAGGAAGAUUAUAUCGAUUAAGAAUUAUUUUCUGAUAGAAAUUUCUUCGAUAUUAACAGAAUUAGUAGAACUAAAAUUUGA